UUACCUCCAAAGGAAGCUACGCUGGUGGCUCUGUUAGCCAGAAAUAACCCGUUUCCACUCAGUUGCCGCUAUAGAGGGUCAGUCAUGGGGAAGUCGUUUGCCAAUUUCAUGUGUAAGAAGGAUUUCCACCCUGCGUCGAAGUCAAAUAUCAAAAAGGUAUGGAUAGCAGAACAGAAGCUGAGCUUCGAGAAGAAGAAGCAAGAAGAUCUCUUGCAGGCGUACACAAAAGAGCAAGAUUGUUACAACAACAGGGUGUUGAUGGGGGAUGAUCGUGUUAAAAAUGGCCUCAAUUUCAUGUACGAGGCCCCACCUGGAGCAUCCAAAGAGGAAACUAAAGAGGAAGGAGAAGGAGAAGACUACAAAUUUGAGUGGCAGAAGGUGGCUCCUCGAGAAAAAUAUGCGAAAGAUGACAUGAAUAUUAGAGAUCAGCCAUUUGGAAUCCAGGUGCGCAACGUGCGAUGCAUCAAAUGUCACAAAUGGGGCCAUGUGAACACAGACAGAGAGUGUCCUCUCUAUGGGCUGUCGGGGAUCAAUGCCAGCUCUGUGGACCCGGAGGAAGCACCAGGUCCGUCGAUGCACCCCUCUGAGCUAAUGGCGGAGAUGCGAAACAGUGGGUUUGCCCUGAAAAAAUGUGUUCUUGGUCGGAAUGCUACUGUUUGUGAUCCAUCGCAGGAAUAUGUUGCCAGUGAUGAAGGGGAAGACCCCGAAGUUGAAUUUCUGAAGUCAUUAACGACCAAGCAAAAGCAGAAGCUCCUCAGAAAACUUGACCGCCUGGAUAAGCAGAAGGACAAGAAGAAGAAGAGCAAAAAACAGAAGAAGAAGAGCAAAAGAAAACAAAAGAAAAAGCAUGAAAGUAGUGACAGCUCCAGUGACUCUUCUAAUAGUAGCAGCAGUGAUAGUGACUCAGAUUCAGACGUUCAUGGCAAGCACAAGAGCCAGAAGAGAAAGAAGACCAAGAAGAAAGAUUCCUGUCGGGAUAACAGUCCUAAGAGUGAGCGACGAGUCAAGAGUCAGAAAAGGGCCUCCUCUAACAGAAGCAGGUCAGCGAGCCCUCACACAGGACAGAAGCGGCAUGAAGAGGAGUCUGGAGAUUAUAGACAAACAAGGACAGAGAGGGGAAGGAGUCGGAGCCAAGAGCACAAGAUCAAGCUGGAGGGAGGUCAAGAGAGAAAGAGACCCAACAGCAGGGACCGGCAGCCACCGGGCAGCUCCAAGUCCGGCUUGGACAGAAGUAGGAGCCGCGAGAAAGGCAGGGAGGACGGAGGUAGAGACGGACGACACAGCAGAGAUGGAGAGAGGAUCAGAAGUAGCACAGAUGGGAGGAGAGGCAGAACAGCAGAUGGGAGGAGUAGAAGCAGGGAAAGGAGAAAGGAAAGGGAGAGAAGCCAAGACGGAGCCAAAAGAAAGCACUGACUGUUUGUUUUGUUCACGCUUACAAUAUUGGACAAAACGUGUUGAGUGUUUUUGCUGUGGCUGUUCUCUGGUAUUGUCGGUGAUCAAUGUGUCGCUCUCAUUAGAAAAGCAGAUGUUGUGCAGUAGGUCUCCUUUUCCUCCAGUAGAGGGAAGCAGUCGACAGAAAAUAUAAAGACACAGCUCAUGUGUUGUCCUGUAGCUUAUGAAAGGGUCUAAAUCUAUUGAUUACCAUUGGAAGCAAUUUUUAGCAAUGCUGAGAAAUUGUUGGACUAUUUUUUGAAAAUGACUGAUUUCUGUUGCCUUUUUUUUUUUUUUACAAUGUCGACAUUGUAAGUUGUAAUGCUUAGACGGUUUUUGUUUGCCAAAAAUCAGAACCUUGUAUUUUCUGAUUAAAUUUUUAAUCAUAUUCA